UUUGUGCACCAAAAUAAAAUAAAAAUCUCUCUCUCUUUCCCUAUUAUCGUCUGGUUACCCUUUUCGAGCAGCUCUCUCGACACCGUCGAGAAAUGGAAAUACUGGGCUGUUCGUCCCCUGUGACCACUGCUUCUCUCUUUUCAAACUUGGCCAGUUAUGGUGGGUUUUCCGGAAAACGAAACAGUUUCUUGGUUUUGGGGAGUAAUGGGUACUCCUCCUUGUCCCUUUUUUCUUCUCAGAAAACCUCUUUGAGACUUAGAAAAUCGGUGAUUUUGGCCGCCAAGAAGGAUAACAAGAGGAGUGAUAAGAAGCCCAACACUCAUAGCUUCAUAGUCAAACCUGAUGAAGCUGGCUUCUUCCCUGAAUCUGUUUUGCUCAAAGAGAAGAAAGUUCAAGAAGAUGGAAGGCUUCUCCCUGAGUUUGCCGACGACGAAGAACGAGAACUGUUUGAACAACUAAAUCUUGAACUGGAAAGCGCGUUGAAAUUAGAACAAAUGCGCCAUUAUGAAGUGGUUUAUGCGAUUCAUGAGGACCAUGCGAAAGAGGUUGAGAGUGUGAAUUUGAAAGUUCAAGAAUUUAUAAAAGAGAAGAAAGGCAGGAUAUGGAGAUUUAACGAUUGGGGUAUGCGACGACUGGCAUACAAGAUAAAGAAAGCAAGAAACGCCCACUACAUUUUGAUGAAUUUCGAAUUGGAAGCCAAAUCGAUUAAUGAUUUCAAGAAUAUGCUAGACAAAGAUGAGAGAGUUAUUCGGCAUCUGGUGAUAAAGAAGGACGAGGCAGAAACAAAGGAAUGUCCACCUCCACCUGAGUUCCACACACUACUCGCUGGUAUGGAUGAUGACGACGACGACGACGAUGAUGAUGAUGAUGCAUAUGAUGAUGAAGAUGAAGAUGAUGACAAUGAUGAGGAAGAUGAUGAUGUGGAUGAGACAUAUGACGAUGAAGAUGAUGACAAUGAUGAGGAAGAUGAUGACAAUGAUGAGGAAGAUGAUGACAAUGAGACAUAUGACCAUGAAGAUGACGAUAUGGAUGAUACACAUGAGGAAUCGGCGGAUGAGGAAGAGGAAGAAAUAGAUGGUGAUGACAAUGACAUCGAAGGUGAAAAAGGUAUUAUGAAUGUGGAGGACUAUAUUGAAGGGUACAGAGAGAGCAGAAAGAGUAAUAAACCGAGUAAGUCUAGUAGAGUGGGGAGCAAGAAGUUGAGACCCAAGAAAGUAGGUAGAUAGUUUCUUUAUCUACUUCUAAAUGCAUUUUCUUUGAACUAGUGGUUUAGUAAAUUUUGGGCAGAUGAAGUUUUGUCUGAUGUAUAUUGUUUGCGAAUUUGAAUAGAGUGUUUUUGUGAUCCAGCAACAAUGAUUUUGUGAUCGUUUGAAGGUC